AUGAACGUACCAAGAACUGCAUGUUUUAUCUCUCCUGCAAGAUCUUUGUUAAGAUUGUUCAAUAGGCAGCGACUAUUUUCAACUUCGAGGUUGAUUUUGAAUAAAGAAAGCGAAGCUACAAAAAAGAAAGACAAGAACAAACAGCAAGAUUUCAAUCCUAGGCAUUUGGGUGUUUCUGCAGAAAUAUUUAUUCCUUCUGCUUACAAAAACCUUCCCAGCGUCUUUACGCAUCCUUUCGUUGUUGCGAAUGCAUUAGUUAGGAGACUUUACACAUUUGGUUUGAAUUCUGUUCAGGUCGCAUUGUUUCGUUUCCAAUCAGGUAUCAAGCCUUCUUUUUUACUCUGGAAAAACAAAGCUAUUGAGACGUAUAUUAACGUAAAUACGUCUUUCGCUCAUAAAAAUCUACAGGAGGUGAAAGGAAUGGUGUCGUUAUGGGUUCAGGAAGCUUUAGAGGCUAGAUCCCGCCAACUUCCAGCCAAUGCCACACUAGAGUGGCAAUUGAUAAAGUUCAAUGCGGUUCCAAAAUUAGUCUCGGUGCAACCCGUUAUGAUCCCCGGAAUGCCCCUAGAGCAUUUACAGUUAGUAUACAAAUUUGAUACAAAGCAGAAAUUGAUCAAGGUCAAUCAACAAAAUAAGAAGAGUGAUGUGUUAGAUCGUGACGUAGUAGACUAUGUUGCUUAUUUAUGUGAUGCGGCAACUAAUGAUAUGAUUUUAAUGGGGUCUUUAUUCGAAAAUAAGCCAAAUGAUAAAUUACCGAAGAGCUACGAAGAUGAUACGAAAGUAGCCAUACGCAGAAUGAAGCUUAAUGGAGAUAUAUAUCGUUUACCCCCAGAGUAA